AUAUUGAAGGAGGUCAGGGAUAUGUUGACUACAAUAUUCCAAAACUCAAUGGAAAUGGGAAUUGUGCUGAAGGCCUAGCAGGUUACAAAUGUUAUUCUGCGUCUUCAACUACGUGGAAAGGGAAAUGGCAGAUUCCAGUAAAGGAGGAAAAGUCCGCAGAAAUAAAGGAGGGAACGCGAGGAGGCUCGGUGAUAAAAGCAAAGUGAAGGAGUCAAAGAUUCAAACCUCUGCAACACACGGAACUGCUGAAAAUGAUAUAGUAGAAAACAGUCGGAAAGGAAGCCACAAAGUGGGGAGGCAACAUCUAAAGGAAAUCCCAGUAGACGUGAUGGCAAAAUGGAAAGAAGAGUUCAAGAAGCAGUCCAGAGUUAGGUGUCCAUGCUCUGGCUGCUGGCUGGACUUCCCGAGCAUUUAUGGAUUGAAGUACCAUUACCAACGCUGUCAGGGGAGCCCUAACUCAGAGAAGUGUAAUCAUCAGUGUCUACAGUGUGAAGCUUCAUUUGCAUCUAAAUCGCAACUGGAUAAACACAAACUGUGGAAACAUAAAGAAAAAAGAAAACAAGCCACAAAACUGGAUGACAAUGUUACAAAAACAGUUGGUCGUGGUAGAGGUAAAAAAAGGGUGAUCGAGAAGGUAGAAUCAUCACCACCGAAGUCUAAGCAGCAGAAGAGGGAAUUAAGUAGGCACUCUGAGAACGGGGAAUGCGUAAAGAAAAAUAGAAGCCGCAAAUUAGUCAAUACUGCACAAGCUCAAGAAGAAACUCAGAGAACUAAUGAACUGAGCAAAGGCAACAAACAGAUAUUCCCAGAGGAAGAUCCUGAGCGAAUGAGACACAAGCCAGGAAGGAAACAGAAGACACCAAAGAAGUUCACAGGGGAACAGCCAUCUAUAUCGGGAACCUUUGGAUUAAAAGGUCUGUCAAAAUCUGACGACAAGGGAAGGGAUAGAAGCAAGAAGAAAAAUGGGACUACUUGCAGUGAAAACCUGCAAAGAAAAACGUUGGGAGCGCACUUUAAAAAGGAAACAACCACAUAUUUGCCAGGAAGCCAGGAAGAGAAGUGGCAUCGAGCGAUUGCAGAGAAGGGUGAAGUUAUUUGUCCAAACUGUAUGACUGUCCACAGAAAAACGGUAACUGGUUUAAAGAAGCACCUGGAAAUCUGCAAAGAGCUGCAGGAUGCUUUGAAGUGUCAACACUGUGACAAGCAGUUUAAAUCGAAAGCGGGGCACAAAUAUCACACUAUGGCUGAGCAUAACAAUAAGCCUGUCAUGAAUGCAGAGAAACUACUGGAUGAACAACAGGAACGUGACAGGCUGAGGAGGGUUCUUAAGCAAAUGGGAAAGCUGAAAUGUUCCAAUGAGGGCUGCACCGCUACAUUUGCCAGCCUGAUGGGUUACCAGUACCACCUGAAUAGGUGUGGGAAGGAAUCUGCCAAUAUUGAAAAGGCUGCGUUUCUUUGUGAGCAAUGUGGAAAAGAGUAUAAAUCUAAGGCUGGACACGAUUACCACGUGAAAUCCGAACACACGGCGGUAGCUGAGGAUUCUGAUCACAAAUCAGUCGAAGAAGAUCUGGUGGACUUCUUUGAGAAAACCCCAAGUGGUCGCAUUCGACGCAAAUCUGCACAAGUGGCUGUCUUCCACCUGCAGGACAUUGCAGAGGAUGAGCUCUCAAAACUUUGGACCAAAAGAAGAAAUAAAGAUGACUUAGUACCAGACAUUAAGAGGCUGAAGUAUACCCGACCAAGGCUACCAACCUUCAGUCCCAAACAACUGGAAAACUGGAAAAAUGAGGUCAAAGAUAACGGACACAUAUUCUGUCCCAACAAUCGUUGUGAAGCAAUUUACUCCAGCUUUUCCGGACUAAAAGCUCACCUUGCAACAUGUACUAAGGGUGAUCAUUCAGUUGGGAAGUAUAAAUGCUUAAUUUGCCAGAAGGAGUUUAGCUCGGAAAGCGGAGUUAAAUACCACAUCAACAAAUCUCAUUCUGAGAACUGGUUUAGGGCUGCUGCAGAAAUACCUGCUCGGAGCAAACGAUCAGAAUUGAAGAGUACAAAAUCAGACAGGAAGAGAAGCGCGACUGGGAAGAGGGGAGGAAGGAAACCGAAGGAGAGAAGUCCAGAACUUUCUCGAAAAGACAAGGAGAUGGCAGCAGCAACGAAUCACACAGAUCAUAUAGCCACAGAAGGACCCAGAGAUUCGAAGAGCAAUUGCAAAGUGAAAGGGAAGGUUGUUGCAUCCAGCAAAAAAGGGGGAGCAAGCAAGAAAUCAAUGGAAAGUCAACUUAAAGGUAAAGCUUCCGUACUCUGAGGAAACGUUACACCAGACUUCAAGUACUAUAAGUGAGGGGUGAUGGUGUGACAUAAAAUAACUACAUGUGUGCUAUCACCUACCUAGAAAAACUAACCCAGAGAAUAAAGCUGUGUGUUCGAAGAUUGAAAAGCUAAUGCUUACAGCUGGGUUAAAAUUGGACACAGGGACAGAAAUGCUCUUGUUUAGCACAAGGCAUUGUAACACUCUGAAAUAUCCUUUUGUUAAUGUAUACACUGCUCUAUGUGACUCAAGAGUUUACAUUAAGUUUUUUUUAUAUAAAAAAUGAACUUUUUGAUGCAGUGCCACUUAAGGAAAAAAAUAUUUUAUGCUAUGUAGCUACGUUUAAGAUGUUGGUUUAUAUAUAGUAUUGGAUUGUAGCUGAGUUUAUUAAUUCAGUACUUUAUCUCUAAUCAAGAAUUUCUCUAUUAUUUAAAACACAAUUUGAGUAAAUAUAUUGUUGCCCAUAUAUCUUAGUUUACAUUUAUAAAUGUUAUCGAUAUAAACUAAUUCUGACAGACUGGCAAGGAACAGUUGUGGUUCCCAUCUUGCAGAAAGGUAACCAAAUCAGAUCUGGGAAACCACAGACCUAUUAGCCUGACCUCAUCAAUUGGCGAACUCAAAUAACAAGGAGUUAAUCAUAAAAAGCAAAUCAAGGAUGACUUGCAUGCUAAUAACAAGAAUAAAUGACAGCUAAAAUGUUUCCGGAAAGGGUAGGUCACUUGGACAUUUUUGGCGAGAUGACAUCUCAAUAGGGUAUGCUAUACUGUGUCUAGACUUCAAAAAGACGCUUGACAAAGUACCAAACAACAAACUCCUUUGUAAAUGGGUGUUAAUGGGUAUGAACUGCCUAAAGGGAAUGAAACAAAGGAUGAUUCUUUGGGUAGCGAAGUCAAAAUGAGAUGAUUGAGAUGUGUCAAGGGAUCCACCUAUUCACGUACACAUACGUUACCUGGAUUAGCAGACACAGUGCAAACCAGUUAUAUUUGCAGAUGACACUAAGAUAGCAAUCCUUGUGGUAACAGAGGAGGCAGCCAAGAUUCUUGAGACCCAGGAAGUGUUAGUUGACUUGUCCCUCACUGUGUCCAAAUACAAGGAGGCAGCAAUAGACAAGGCACACUGGAUGUUGAGCUACAUUCACAAGUUAGUUGUGUUCAGAUCCCCUGGUACAAAAAUCUGAAGGGCGGACACAAGAAGGUAUUUGUACAGAUAGUAACAGCUGCAACAAGUUACUAGGAAGGGUGCUGGGAGGCCAGGACACUGAACUCAUUUAAGAAACCUCUUGAUACUGUGGUAAGAGGAGGUAGGGUUGGUAUUCUGGAAGGAUGAGAUCAAAUGAGCAGAAGGGAUUUCUUUAUCUGAACCUCUUGUGAUUGUGUAAUGCUAAUGUAUAGAAAUAGAGUGUAUGUGUAUACAGUACAUGUAUAUUUAUAGGGGAAAAAAAUAACUGAAUUGCAAUCCAGAAUUUUGUUUGAAAGAGGGUUUCUUUGUGUUGUCUGAUGACAAAUGUAGUGUUUAAGCUUUAUUCCUAUCUUCGCUUCUGCAUUCAAAUCCUCCCAGAAUGUUUUGAUUCAUAGUCUUGAGUCUGUAGCAUCUAAAGGGAUUUCAGCACUAUUCCCUGGUUCGGUUCUAUUUUAAACCCGAAUGAGGCAGGUCCCACAGAUGUUAGUAUUUUGUGCAUAACCUUGAUUCUGGCUUCAUGUUGAAUUGGAAUGCUAUGCAUUACUGGUUACCUAUUAAUGAAUUAACCAAAUCCGUAAUUCACACUGCUUCUACAAAGAAACCAGACAUUAAGGUUAUGAACAAGAAAUAUACCCCUUAUAUAACGAAUGUAACCACUGGACUAUUACUGUUAAAACUAAUCAGAACCUCAGGAAGAUUCAAGGCCAUGACUUAAAAGACUUUGGAUGANUUUUUUUUACAAAACUCUGAAGGUAAGAAACUCACUCAUCAGCUUUGUAAGUCAUUUCAUUCUUGUUUUAAAUAGUAAAGAAAUUCAAAGAACUGAUUUAGGAAUCAGGGAAAACAGCAUAAAAUAUUAUUAAUGCAGUUAAAUAGGAUUUUAAAAGAAAAGCUUUUGUUUUGAUACAGUUGCUACCCUAUUACUCCCUUGUUAGCCCAAAUCUAUUUAAAUUUAAUCAGAAUGCACUUUGCAUGACAUUAAUCUAUAUUUCUUUAGAUCAAUAUCUAUGAUUUUGGGCAAACCUCUUGACUCCAUGGUUUAUUAACUUAAUUUUUAUCCAAAAGUAUGCAAUUCACUAAGAAUUUUAGAUUUUUUUAAAACAAAAUUGGAAGAAUACCGGGCAGUGGCAGCAUCAAAGGCAACCUCACGAUGACUAGACCUUAAUGUUGCAUUUAGAGCUUCUACAUUGCUCCAAUGGGCCACUGAAAUGGUGAUGAAAUUUACUAUGACAAAUAUUUAAUACUUGACAGUGGUUCUAAUCCUUGGUGUACAUCUGAAAUAUGAAUGUAUAAAUUAAGUGGGGUAAACACAUCCUUUCCAAAUGGGUACAUAGAAUAUGCACUUUAAGCUUCCUUCUUUAAUUAGAUGUAUGGCUGGAUAACUACGUAGAAAUGUAUAUUGCUGCCAAUUCUACAGGUUUCCAUCUGUGUCCAGCUUAAAACUUAAACCAAUUUAAUGAUCCAUGUAUACAAUCAAGUAUCAACGUAAAACUUUGAUUCAUUGAAUGA